UCCUGCUCCACUGAGCACCAGAUGUGUCUCUAAGCUGACUGUAUACAACCUCUGCAGACACCUCUCCUACAUUUUUGACGAAUUUGUCAUAGAAAGACCACCUCCACUGGCAAGAAUUUUUAUACCAAAUCUGUGGCGAAAGAGCAGCAGAUUUAAGAAGGAAACUUGGUCCAUUCUGAAACACUUCGGCGCCGCACCUCCACUAUUCGUACAUUCAAAAGGCUCUACACGUGUGUUUAUUUAUUUAUUUUUUUUUUAUGGUUCUAGUGACAUAGCAGCAAGUUUUCUACAUUAAUGACUGGAAAAAUACUCUUGAGAACCGGACUAAUAAUCUCUGUGACCGUUGAAAAUAGUCGUGGCGUGUGAGCAGUGUUUCAAAAUCCGGGCCUUACUGUGCCUCAUUGGCAAGAGUAAUGUGCUACCAAGUAACUCAUAUUAUAAUGAAGAUGCAGUACAACUGUGUACAAGGAGGCUAAUAUGGAUCGUUCAUCAUAUCGUAGCAAUUUACAUAAUACGGAAUAAAGGAUAUGGAUAAGGAGCAUGAAACGGUUACUGGCCGUGAUGAGGACAAAGCACGGGGAGCAGGCGAGGCUGAACAUUGGGACAAUGUAAAUGAAGGCAACAAAAGUGAUUACUCGCAGGCCGCCGGCAGGAGCGAGGCAGGCAACAUAACAACAGACUCAGAUGACGCAGUCAAUUUUGAUCUACUGAGAACCUUAUGUCGAGGUCGUCGUCAUCGUAACCAUUCGUCAUCAUCAUCUGGGUGUUCUUGUGAGUCAUGCAUCUCCCACAGCGACGAUUCCUUUUUCGAGAGUGACGGAGGUCCACCAGGAGGAGAAAAUACCAUCCUGCGACGCCUCUACAUGUGGCUGGAAAACGCCAAAUUGAGUUGGGGAUUCUUGGUCCUCGGGCUGCUGGUGGUCAGCGUGGCAUUCACCGUCACCGUCUUUGCAGUGGCUGAGACGACUAGCAGCAAUCUUGUCAGCUGCCACACAGUGUACUGGAUGGUACCCGUGGUGGCAGUCACAACUGGAGUUGUUAUCGCUUGGAAGACUACACAACACCUACUCCUGAAACGAGGCUAUGGCAGGGGAGAUCACAUUAUGGAGCGCUGGAACCUAAUCCGGGUUGCCCAAGGGAAGGAGCUGGUGUACUCAAUACGGGGAGCGAUCUACGCCCCAACCCGCCACGCACCACGAAGACCCAGCCACCCUCCUAUCUACCAAGUAGUGGGUUAUGAAAGUGAAUUUGACUCAGAAACUUACUUCGAUAGUGAUCUGGAAAGUGACGGUCAAUACCGGAGAAGUCUGACGCCUUGGCAGGAGGUGCAAGACCCGCAUAAGAGGGAGCGUCGCAACAUUUACACCAGAAAGGCGUGGUUCAGAGACUUGCCCGUGGUGUGGUGGGAGUUGCUGCCAUGCACUCAACAGGAUUUAUAGCUGUACGAUUAUCAUGCGCACUAAUUCUCUCAAUUUAAGGCAGAAAAUAAAUGGAGAUUUUGUUGUAUCAUCCAGAACUGCUUAAUGUUUCCGGCACCUUGUCAAAUUUAAGAUUGAUAUUGUAAGGCUGUAUGUACAGUACGUAUGUACGUUUAUACCUGCAAGCAAACACUGAUACCUGAAUGAAAGGAUCUUCGGCAUUUGCACGUUCUCUUGAUACGGCAACAGGUACUAAAACACACACACACACACACACACACACACACUUAGGACGAUAUAUAUUUUUAAACACUUCGGCUUGUUAGCACAUAGUGUAGGGAACUAUUGUAACUGUAGAUCAGAACAUUCUAGAAGCAUAAGUGGAAAUUUCCUAUUCUGACGCCCGCUGGGAGUAGUGUCUAGUUUAUUGGUAAAUAUUAAGAUAAGAAUAGCUAUUAUAUGCAAUAAUAAAAUAAUAAUUAAUAAUUGUAAAUGUUAAACCAUAUGAAUAGGCAAUAGCUAGAUAGAAUAACUCAUAUGUGAAAUAUGAUCCUGUGAAACCUAUCACCUACGAUGUCACGUGAUCACAAGCGCCGCACCUUGAGGAAUGCCGCAUUGCCCCAGGCAGCUGGGUGGAGAGUUCUGAUCUGGCCGGCCAGCUGGGUGUGCGCGGUGUCCUGUGUGUGUGAACUCUGCCACGAACAAUUACACCAAGACUACAUACACCCUGAGUCUUUCCUACAAGUGUGUACCUUGCGUGUAUGAGGCAGGGAAAUGAGCGCAAGUGACAGUGUAUAAGUGACUUUAUUGUGGUGACAAGAACAGUGACAGUCUACAUAUCCCUGUGCUGAGUGAGAUUCAGUUCUCUUUGGCUCAGUACUAAAGUGGUGUUGUAUGUAAACUGUAAAUAUAUAUGUACAAACUGUA